GGUGAAUGCGUUUCAGUCAAAGUUGGAUUCCUCCCACUGUCUCCUACAGACGACGUGUUUUCGAGUUUAGUCUGUUGUUUGUGCUGCACUGAGCCCCUUCACGAUGGUGCCUGGUCAGGCUGCGAGUGAUAGCGAGCCUGAGAGCUCCCCAAAGGGGAUUCCCGUCGUCGACUUUGCCAACUGGAAGCGUGGCUCCUCGCGAGAGGAACGGAUGAAGGUGGCCCAGGAAAUUGUGUCGGCAUGCAGAGACGUCGGCUUUGUGUACAUUGUGAACCACGGAAUGGCUCCUGAAAAAGUAGCUGAAGCAUUCGCCUGGUCGGAGAAGUUUUUUAAUCUCUCCUCAGAUGAGAAACAAAAAGCUCCUCAUCCAAGCGGUGCCUCGGUUCAUCGCGGAUAUUCGAGUCCCGGGCUUGAAAAGGUUUCGCAGGCAAUGAGCGACAAGGAGGACCCGGAGCUCGCAAAGAGACUGCGAGAGAUAACUGACUACAAGGAAAGUUACGAUAUAGGAAGCGAUGGAAAUCAGGAUCAGCCGAAUGUGUGGAUUCCUGAAGAGAUGCUGCCGGGAUUCCGCAGUUUCAUGACACAGUUCUACUGGGACUGUUUCGAAGUGACAAAAAAUGUCCUGGGGGCAAUCUCGAUCGGAAUUGGCCUGGAAGAAGAAGAUUAUCUGCUGAAGUUUCAUUCAGGGCACAAUAACCAACUUCGAUUGCUGCACUACCCUCCUCUCCCAGCGGCGUUGCUGGAGGAGCAAAAGUAUGCGCGUAUGCCCUCGCAUACUGAUUGGAGUACGAUCACGUUCCUAUUUCAAGAUGAGUGUGGCGGGUUAGAGGUUGAAGACAUUCGCAAUAAGGGUCGUUAUAUAGCUGCAACGCCAAUCAAAGAUGCGAUAGUUAUGAAUGUCGGAGAUCUUUUACAGAGAUGGAGCAAUGAUUAUCUCCGCUCAACUUUUCAUCGGGUUACGUUACCACCUCUCUCUGACCGCUACGAGGGGUUCAAUCGUAUGGUUCGUGGACGUUACUCCAUUCCCUACUUCACUGCUCCAGACCCUACGUCGGUUAUCAAAUGCCUUCCUUCGUGUGUGAGCGAGGACAAGCCUGCGAGCUAUCUCCCAAUCACCCAGCACGAUUAUAAUCGCCUUCGCGCAACAACCCAUUAUGAAACUGCAGCUACCAAUACUGGGAGUGGCGCUGCGUAUUGAUACUCGACAGCACAGACUCGAGAGUGACUGGGCUAACUCUGAGAAAGUCAAGCUUCAUCCUUCAAGCGACGAUUUGACCCGGACUAGGGAAACUGUUUCCGGUUCUUAAGUUUUCUUUGAUGAAAUAUUUAUUAUGACUAUGAUGGGGCCUAGGAGUCUACAUCUCUUUAUGGGAGAUAUAUCUGAAACUGGAUCAUCGAUCACUUGAUAUUCAAUAUUGAUGGACGCAGUUGGCCAACUUCCCUUGGCAAACUCCAGUACUUACUUUCUUUGCUCUCUACUCGUAACUAUCGCUCAUGAAAUUUCGGUCAUCCCAUAACAUUCCUGCGAGUGUCAUUGAGCAGUAAGCGGUAUUUGAGGGCUAAAACUUUGUUAUUUAACUAUAAUUGUCAUCAUGACAUCUAUACAACAGUCAAAUGUAUUGUAUGAGUCAUGUUUCCACUUUCGAGUGCAGCUCUGUGGUUUAGCUUAGGGCUAGGGAGAUGUGCCAGCAAAUUGCGAUACGCUUAUUUCUUGAUGCUCACAAUCAUGGUAGCUGGGACAUAUCUGGCGGCGGUUGGGCCAUCGUGGUGUCCAAAUAGGCAAGGCCAGUCACAGGGCUGAAUCCUGCAUCCUCUAAAAGACUUCCAAAUGGAAACGACGUAAAAAGCGAUGAAAAAUCCUCGUUCUGGUGGCAAGGAAAGAAACUGGUACCUAUCCCACUGCUCGCUGCAUCGGCUAAAUCUCGUUCCUGGGCAGCAUGCCUAGUUCUACCAACGUGGUGUUCGGCCAUUGAAUCCGGAGAGAGCAUCUGAGGUAUCCUGCUUUCAUCAAUUGUUUGUUGGUAGUAACCUAGGUUACUGCCUGCGGCGUUGCUGGUCGCCUCUGCGGACGGCGGUUUCAAGAUGCAUUCGAAAAGACGUCGAGUCCACACCACAAUCGGCCAUAGCUCUUCAAAUUUGCUCAGCACAGUCAUCGACAAGUUGGCCCAAUGUUCGGAGAUCAUUUUUAUAUAAUCAUCCCCUUUGCGGAUAUUUAUAAUGUGGAUAACCAGUGAGGCGAAGAUCCCAGAA